AUGGCCAAUCCGUCAUCAAUCCCUGUUGCAAUCAUUGGCGGCGGCCCUGUAGGGCUCACUGCCUCCAUGCUUCUAUCCCUUAGAGGCAUUCAGCACGUGCUCUUUGAACGACAUCCCGGAACGUCAAUUCAUCCCAAGGCCUGCGGCAUCAACCAGCGCACCAAUGAAGUCUUUCGCAUUUUGGGUAUCGAGCAAGAUGUCUACGCUGCUUGUGCCCCCACAGAAAUCAGCGGACGCUUGGCAUGGUACACCAACCUUGGCCCAGACGGGAGGGAGAUCUUCUCUCGCGAGGCUUGGGGUCAAGGGCAAUAUGCAGAAGAGUAUGCAUCGCACAGCCCCAGCCAAUUCCGUAUGCUCCCUCAGAUCCGUCUUGAGCCGAUUCUCAAGCGCCGCGCCAUCAAGCUCAAUCCAGACGGCAUCAGACACAGGACUGAGGUAACAUCCUUGAAGGAAAGAGACGAUGGCACUGUGGUUCUCAACAUCCAUGACAUUGAAAAGGACGAACAAGAUGAGGUAGUGGCCCGCUUCGUCAUCUGCGCAGAUGGAGGUCGUAGCUUCACAGAGAAACUCGAUGUCGAGUGGACUGGUCAGAAGGACAUCUUCAACAUGGUGACAGCUCACUUCCGAGCGCCCCUACGAUCACGUCACCCGGAUCCGAGAAACUUCAUCACAUGGUUCACAGACCCAAAAAGCGAAGGAAGUGUCAAGUCGGGCGCAAUUUACCAGCUUGGGCCAUGGCCAACCCCUGACAACGGGUCAGAGGAAUGGGUUUUCCUGUGCAAUCUGUCAAGCAGCGAUCCAACCUCUUUCACUGAAAAGACUAUGGAAGAAAGGAUUCGCAAUGCCCUCAAAAUCUCCGACAUUCACAUUGACAUUAUCACUCUCAGCCACUGGAAUGUCAACGCCAUCAACGCCUCCAAGUACCGGGUUGGCCGUGUUUUCUUGGUGGGUGACGCCGCACACAGGAUCCCUCCAUGGGGCGCUCUCGGGAUAAACACUGGUAUCCAAGACGUCCAGAAUCUAGUUUGGAAGCUUGAGCUAGCACUCGGCGAUGAGAAGAAGUAUGACAGCCUGCUCGACAGCUACGACACAGAGCGUCGACCCAUCGGCGAGCGAGUGGGUCUCACCAGUCUCAAGAACCUUCAUAUGCACCGCGAAGUCAUGGACACGGCGCUGGGAAUCAGUGACUCCAAGUCACUGGCGGAAAAUGAGGCUGCUCUGGCGAUUUUGUUCGACCUGACGCACCCAGAGAAUGCAAGCAAGCGGCAAGCAGUCAAGAACGCCGCCAAGGUCCUGGACACGGAAUUCAAGGCAUCGGGCUCAGAGGUAGGGUGGUUCUAUCCUUCAGCUGACAUCAACAACGAGGGUGGCAAACGUCACGGCGGACAGCUCUUGAAGGAUGGGACAUAUGAUCAAACAGUCUAUCAUCCGUCCACCAUUCCGGGGCACCAUCUGCCACACUGCUGGGUAGAAAAGCAAGGGAAGAGGGUGGCGAUCCGCGAUCUCGUGCCCUUAAGUAAGAUGCUGCUCCUUGCACAGACCCCCGGAUGGGAUGUGUUUGAGAAUAGCCUCGUACAGGUGGAGAUGAUAGGAUCAGCUGGCUGGAAGGACGUCUUUGGUAACUGGCAGAGACAGUGUGGUCUUGACAAGCACGGAGCUGUCCUGGUUCGGCCUGAUGGUAUCGUCGCAUGGCGUGGGGCGAAAAUGAGUGACUUGCUAGAAGUGUGGCCGGCGUUGCUGGAUAGGGUGUUGUAUGCAGGUCACUGA